AUGGAGUAUGAGAUACUCCGCGAUCUCUUCAAGUGCAAGUUUCAUGAUGGAGGCAAGGUUUCUGAGCAUGUGCUGAAAAUGAUUAGUUUGAUUGAGAGUUUUGAGAAUUUCAUUGUGAAUUUCAACAUGAACAACAUGAAGGUUGGGCUGCCAGAGCUACACAAUAGGCUUAAGACUUAUGAGUCUUCCACUGCUAAGGUAAAAUUUGUGCUCAUGGUGAGCUCUUCUGCGAAGUCUUCGAAAUGGAAGAAUAAGCAGCAACAGAAGAAGAAAGCAUCUAAGGAUGAUGUUCUAAAGCCUAAGAGUGGAGGGGCCAAGAAGAAGUCGAAAAUAUCAAAUGAUGAGUGUCUUUUCUGUCAUGAGAAGGGACACUGGAAGGGAGACUGCCCAAAAUUCAAGGCACAAGGUGCAGAAAGUGGGAGCUCAGGGUCUAAGUGA